GCUCGCAAGCCUCGGGGGAGAACCUGGGGCGCGUUCUACUUAAAAGGAAGCCCGGGGUCAGCGGGAGGAGAGAUGGGAGCGGAGACCAGGGCUUCCUUCCCCAGUGCAGUUCUCCGCCUGCCUCCUACCGACCAUUCGCCCCACGCUCCCGCCAUCUCACUGGAAUUCCUGCCUCCACUCGUCCACUGUCGGCGGGAUCCCCCUGCCAGCCCGAGGUGCGGCCCUGCCCUUCUUGCUGGGGGAAACCUGGCCCACCAAGGCCGCUUUCAGGAAGAACUCAGCUCGCUUUAGGACCCAGGAGGAAAUCAGUUGCUCCCCGCCUAUCCCCAGAGCAAGUUCCUGGUUUCUGAGGUGGGACAGCCACCCGGGGAGAGGUGACAUUGGUACCGGUGCCCUGUGGCCAGGCCAGACGCUCCUGUGCCUGCUCUCAGGUAGGCAUGAUAAAGGGCACCGAGAGACACCCCAGCGGGGAGAUGAAGCCCGACCCCCGGCAAGCCAGGACCGGGGCCCCCUGCCCAGGUGGUAGGCGGGAGGGUCCCCUCCCGUCUGGAGCGCCAUGAAACUGCACCGCAGGUCUGUGCUGAGCUUCUUUCAGGGGUACAGCACCCAGGCUCCAGACCAGGAGGGCCUCCUGCUCAAGAAGGGGUCCCGGAAUUCCAGCUACCAGCGCCGCUGGUUCGUCCUGCGGGGGAACCUCCUCUUCUACCUGGAGCGCCGGCAAGACCCCACACCCCUGGGCCUUAUCCUCCUGGAGAACUGCCAGGUGCAGCCCCGCAGCAAGGCCGCUGAGCCCUUUGCCUUCAGCAUCCUGACCCCGGGGGCCGCGGAGGGCGCGGGCGGGCGGGCCUACAGGCUGGCUGCAGAGACCCAGGAGGAACUGGGGGCCUGGUUGCAGGCUCUGGCUGGGGUGAGCUGGAGGCGGCUGGCCAGGUUGCUCCCGGUGGUGGAAGCCCAGUACCGGGCACUGUGCCAUGCAGCUGGCCAAGAACCCAGCUCGCCCGACAAGGACUGCGGGUUUGCAGCCAUCACCAGCCCCACUUCCAGCUUCCUGGAGCUGCAUGAGCGCUUCGGGGCACCAAUCCGGCUGCUGCUGGGGACACACAGAGGACCCCAGAGAGCCAGGGACGGAGACAGCAGGUCCCAGGCAGAGGCGGAAGAGCAGCAGGAGCCCAGCCCAUGUUUGCUGCGUGACUCAGAGGCAACCAAAGGCCAAGCACCCUGACAUUGCCCAGCGGCCUCACCAGAAAAACCCAGGCCCUGGUCUCCUACCACCUCCUCCCUAAUCCUCCUUCCCAGCCCCUCCAUCAAAUAACAAGGCAGGAGACAGGCCCAGGGACAGCAGGUUCUUUUCCGAUUCCUCAAAGCGCCGCAAGGGGUGGGGCAGAGACAGAAAAUGUAAACAUCAGGUUCCACCCCCUGAAGGCCAAGGAAAGAACCCUUCCUUGGG